GCAUGAGUGCGUAGGUGACUGCACUCUCUCCAUUGUUACACACCGGGGGUUGGAAAGUACCCCCAGCUUCCUGUCAGAGUGUGUUUCUGAGGAAGUAGGAAGUCACAGAGCCAAUAAGAAGAUGUGGCUGGCUGCAGGCUCUGCCCCUACAGGAAACCACUCAUGGUUUCACAUCGAUUCAGUCUGUCUGCUCUAGAUAACUUCAGAGCUUCCACCCUGGUCUCCUCUUUAGCCAAAUCCCUUCAACACAGCUGUGGAUUACUACUGUCAACGGUUCCUUAAACCCCCUUCAUUCCGUUCUAUUCACCUUCCGACUUCAGUCUCCCUCGUCCAGUCUCUCGACGAGCUCCUGGCUCUCCUUCAGUCUGUACGGUCUCUCCUUCAGUCUGUUCUGUCUCUCCUUCAGUCUCUUCUGUCUCUCCUUCAGUCUGUACUGUCUUUCCUUCUGUCCUUCUGUCCUUCCAUCCAUCCUUCUAUCCCUCUGUCUCCCAUCUGUGGUCUGAUCCAGUCGGUCGGUGGGGUGGUCAGCAUGGUCAAUGGUGCGAGGCUCGCUCCCUCGUGUCCGCCAUGUCUACUGUGUCUGUGAGGAAGAAGUCCCUGGUCAGCCGGUCACACAGUAGAAUGUGUGUUCAGAAGCAGAUAGACCGCACAUCCAUGGCCUCUCUGGAGAUGUGUUGGCCGGCCCCCAUGCGGGCCAUCGGGGCCCAGAACCUCCUCACCAUGCCCGGGGGCGUGUCCACCUGUGGCUACCUGCACAAGAAAGGAGGCAGCCAGUUCAGCCUCAUGAAGUGGCCUCUACGGUACAUCAUCCUCCACAAGGGCUGCGUCUACUACUUCAAGAGCAGCACCUCUGCUGCUCCCCAGGGGGCCUUCUCCCUCAACGGCUACAACAGGGUGAUGCGGGCGGCGGAGGAGACCACCUCCAAUAACGUGUUUCCCUUCAAGAUUGUCCACUUCAGCAAAAAACACAGAAUCUGGUUGUUCUCUGCAGCCAGUGAGGAGGAGAGGAGGAAGUGGAUGAAGUCUUUGCGCAAGGAGAUUGACCAUUACAACGACCGGAGAGAGUCCCUGAUCACUUUCGAGACCGACUCUGAUGACGAGAGCUUCUAUGGGAGCAUAGAAAGACCCAUGGAUAUUAAACACUCUGAGGACCACACAGAGGAUGACUAUAUGGAGGAAGAUGAAGAUGACGAUGAGGAAGACUAUGUCAAACCUGACAGUUCCCCAACAUCGACAGUGGUUGACUCCAGGUCCUUCGCAGGUCGUCCCAACGUCCCUCCCCCGGCCUACCCUCCCCCCCCAGUGCCCGCCCCACCCCGCUCUCUGACCUCUGACCCAUCCUACAGGUUUAGCAAGGGCCCCACCCUCCCACCCCCCGUGCCCCCGCCCAACAAACUGUCCCCGAGCUUCCCACCCAGAAAGACUCCCCCACCCUUCCUCCCCCCCUCUAUCCUCAAGGACCCCGGGAGGAAAGGAGCCCCCAGCAGCUCUCUGGCCCCGCCCCUCCCGCCGCCCCCUAGCACCAAGAGGCUCCUCCUGGGGCGGGGCUUGGUGCUCCCGGAACAACGCCCCUCCGAGGUCCGGAAGACUCCGCCCGCCAUCGGCAAACUUCUGGAGCACUGCAUGCUCAACGACCCCCCCGCCCUCAAAAGUCCCCGGGGGCUGCCCGGUAACCAAGGCAAACUAUCGCCGCCGCCGCUGCCUCCUCCCAUUCCCGCUCCCUGCCCCCCCUCGUCCCACCCGGCCCGCCCUGCUCCUCCCACCCACCCUCCGCAACCCCGGACAGGCCAAGGACCAGCCUCCCCCAAGCCCCCCCCCGCCCCGCCAAACCUUGCCAUACCACCUAUCCCACCGACCACGCCCAUUUGGACACCGAGCACGCCCAUUUGGACACCGACCACGCCAACUCGGACACCGAUCACGCCCACUUGGACACCGAUCACGCCCACUAGGUCACCGACGCCCACUUGGACACCGACUACCAUCACUCGGACAACAACCAUGCCCACUCGGGCACCAACCAUGCCCAGUGUAGCUGAGAAUGCAACGCAAAGAGAGUCCCCAGAUGGUCAGAGUUUCCGGACCUCGGUGGACGAGAUGCCGGAGACCGGCAGGAGAAAGUCAGGCCUGAUCCAGAGAGGGGAAGACUCUGAUGACGACUAUGAGAAUGUUCAGCUACCAGACUCAGUCUUCAUUGACACGACAGAAACCAGCAGCGUAGAGAAGCUGUUUAAAGAGACAUCCUCAGCGCCCCACGAUGGACUGUAUGGAAUCAGAAACUCAGGCACUAAAACGAACAAGGUGCUCGUGGUAUGGGAUGUGAGUGUGGGGAAAGCCAGGAAUUACCGUCUGUUUGAAGAGGACAAGAGAGUGUUUCUGGACAUUGACGUAACCUUCCUGUCCCUGGAGGCGCUGGUCGAACACUACCAUACCCACCCUCUGCCUCACCACGGCUCCCUUUGUCUGCAGACACCUUACGGGGACUCACACCCCAGGUGACCCCUGACCCUCUGUCUGCAGACACCUUACGGGGACACACACCUGGUGACCUCCAACCCUGACCCUCUGUCAGUCAUUUUAGCCUUCGGUGGAUUAAACCUCUCACCUCUUACCCUCUAACCUGGGGUCACUAGAAGACCUGGAGCUCAACAAGUAAACCAGCGGACUGGUUCCAUGUGGUUGUCUGGAGGACAGCUCCAGAAGGGGAGCGUCUGUUCCAGUGGGAUGUACUACUUCUGAUACUACUAGUAGUAGAACCAGGCAUACACGAGAGAGUUAUCCAAUCAGAAUACAGAAGGAAAGCACUGCCUGUCGUAGUAAGGAAUAUUUCCAAUGCUGACCUGAGACUAGGUCUUAUG